UCGAUUUUUUAUGAAUGUUUCGAUGUUUCUAAUCACAUAGCAGUCUCAACUGUCUAAAUUUUUGAAGUGCCAAAUUGUUUACGAAAAACAGAAUUUCGUCAUGGAUAAAAAACCCAACUUUAAAUCGCAAGAUAACGAAACGAAUCGUUCGAUCUUAAAAUCAAAUUCUCCACGUCCAAUUCGAAACUCUACUUCUUCAAGUAAAGGUACAAACGGCCAUGGCAUAUUUAAAAAAACGUCGCUGUACGAAGCAAAAAGCUUGAAUGACGUACUAUCUACUUCAAUCCGCGAAACACGAUCUGAGGCAGUCUCUCACAAUAUGGAUCAUUUCAAAGGCAUUAUCAGGACAAAGAUACCCGAUAAACAGGCAAAAAAAGUUCAAUUUCUCGACCAUAUCAUCAAAAGUGAUGACGACAAUGAAAACCAAUUCCGAUGUCUUCUUGACCAUGAUCAGCCUGCAAACCUUUCAAAAUUCCAUAACCUUUUAAAAACUGCAACCGAUUCAAACUUAGUGCAACUCAUCGACGACAAAACCGACAACCUUCUCGAUCUAUUAUCAGCCAUACCGUCAGAAAUCCCGGCCCGCGAGGAUUUGCAUCGAAACAAUGUGAAUGUACUAUCAAAGAUGACAUCAGUUGAACGUAUUUUCGUUGUAUUGUUAACAAUUUUGUUUUGUAUAAUGGUACUGAAGCAUUUCCGUUAUGAUUGGAUUUUACCAUCAACAGUCAAAUCUGAGCUGAAAGGUUCGGAAAUAAUAACAUUGAUGGGAAGGAAUGUAAAAAGAAUGUGCAAAAAUUUGAUGAGCAUAGAAAGGUAUUUCUGGUAUAGCGCAAAAUAAACCUGUCUGGUGUUCAAAAUUUUAUAACAAAAGUGUUCAUGAAUUCACUUGACUAAUAAAAAUUCGCUGUGUUUAGUUAAUUGAAUGUGUGUGCUGCCA